AGGAGGAGGAGGAGGCAGAAGAGGCAGAGGAGGAGGAGGAGGAGGAGGAGGCAGAAGAGGAAGGUGCUGACGUGGGGCUCGAGGAGCCGGCACAGGCUGGCGAGGAAAUGGCGGCACCAGAGGCGCAAAAACCGCAGGAGGAGGAGGAGUCGAGCGAGACUGUGAUGUCAACGGAUGAAACAUCCGCACGGGCAGCUGCUGUGACCGCCACGACACCACAAGAGGAGGCGAGCGAACAGAGAGCGCAAGAGCGCGUGCGUGAAGAAGAAAGCACGGCUGCAUCUGAAGCAGCGCAGCCCCAGCGUCCGCAGCGGAAGAGCGCAGCAGCAGCAGCAGCAGCAGCAACAACAGCAGAAAAAACAACGGCAUCAGCAGCAUCCUUUGUCCCGGCCACCCUUGCAAAGGAAGAGGAAGAGGAGGAGGUGAAGACGCCCGAGGCAAAGCCAGAUGUUCAAGAGCAGCAGCAGCGUGAAGAGGAAGAAACGGUGCAGGAGAAAGCUGAAGUGGAGGCGACGGAGGAACAACACGAGGCACCGUCUUCUGGCUCGCACCGAAAGGAGAAUGGCCAACAUGGCACCUCCCCCCUGCCGUCUGUUGACCGGACGGCGCAGGUCGUGGAGUCGCAGCCCGUAGACUCGUCGGCCGUUGCCGUCGCAUCGCCCAGGUCGGGGCGCCGCUGGUUUGGAUUCCUCUCCAAGAGCACCGUGCGACGACGCAAACGCGAGUCACCGGCCCAGAAGCGACGCAGUGCACACGGCGCACCGUCGUCGUCAACGUCGUCACCGGCAAACGACUUUCUCCAGCAGGCCAUGCAGUUUGAAUCGCAGGUGAAAGCGAACACGACGCAUCGCCACAAUGACGAUGACGGCGAAGAUGAUGGCGACGCGGGUGGUGCAGAGGACGUGCACAAGUUCCACGUGUACGACGAUCCGCGAUCCAUUUCCGUGCAGCUGUUCAAGAAGUCGAAGCACGACAAGAAGGCGGCCGCCGCGUUUUACGUCGCGCUCAAUCACACACUCGCGCAGACGACACAUCCGUUUACGUUUGAGGGCGAGUUGGUGGCGAAGCAGGAACUUGAUUCCGCCGGACACAAAUCAAAGGCGCACAAGUCCUUCAAGACUUACAUUGCAUCACUUCGGGGCUGCGUGCUCACCCUGCGGGCAUCGGAGAAGGAUCGACUGCCGACCAUUGGCCCCCUGUACAUCACCGCUGACGGCGUUUCGCGCGAAUCCCACAAGAAGAAGGGCGCUGUCAUCCGCAUCUCGGCACUGCAAGGGACGUUCCUGGUGCAGGGAAAGGACGGCGCACAGACGGCGGCGUGGCUCGAUCGCCUCACAGCAAUCACGCCGCUUGUGCUGGACUGUCCGCAUUACAUUUCGUCAGAGGCGAAGGACGCCCUGGAGUCGUUUGUCGGCAAAACCGUCAACAUGAUCCCAACAGGCGAUGCUGCGCGUUUGCCGGUUGUGAUGUUGGGGCUGAGCGGCAGCGGCAAGACCAGCAUCAUCCGCGCACUCACAUCCCAGGGCUACAACGAGAAGUCUGUGGUUGAGCCGCACGAGCUGUGCACGCGCCUUGAUCUGGUGCAUCGGACCUUUGAUCCACUCGUCGCUGUCAUGUCGUGCAACGCGCGUCUCGGCGCAGGCGUUCUCGACAUCUUCAACGUCCUGGCGGGCUGCUUGCCGUGGUCGGAGGGAUGA